GCCAGAAUAGCGGGGCCGUGGGUGACACGUAAGUUGGGUGGGAGGUGGCGGCGGCCGAGGCUCCAGCAGCCGGGUCAGUGACACUGUACCACCGUUCCCCAAACCCGGCCAAAGCAACCUGCCCCCCCCCACACACCUAUCCACCCACCCGGCUAGCCAAGCGCGGGGGCGCCGCCCGGAGCCCGCUCCCUUUGUUGGGCUAGCACCCUCUCUUUUAGUGGCAACAAAGUCGUGCAGUGGGAGCCGGCGCGAGGGGGCGGGGAGCAGCCGGGGCGGGACUCCCGAGAGCCGCCGGGGACAGCGAGGCCAAAAAGUGGGGAGGAGGAAAAAAGCAGGCGGUGUCUGGGGACUGGCGCUAGGGCAGCCGGUUCUAAAGUAUGCGGAGGGCCCCCUCCUGGGCCCGGGCACUCGCUGAGAGCGAGCCUUGCAGAAGUUUGGCGGCCCCUGCCCUGGCGGCGUUGAUGGCUGUGCGCCCCGCGGCGCGCGGGGGCUGAGCGGGCGCCACUUCCCCUCCAGCCCCGCUUUUGUGUCUCGCGUCUCCGUAUGCGGCGCCCGGCCACCUCCUGCGGUGGCCGCUGCUGAACGCACGCUCGGGCGGUGGAGAGGAGGCGACCGCUACCGCCGCAGCGCAGGGUUUAGGCGGGACUAUGGGAAACGGGAUGUGCUCCCGAAAACAGAAGCGGAUCUUCCAGACGCUGCUGCUGCUGACCGUGGUAUUUGGCUUUCUGUAUGGCGCGAUGCUCUAUUACGAGCUGCAGACACAGCUGCGGAAAGCCGAGGCGGUGGCGCUCAAGUACCAGCAGCACCAGGAGUCCCUCUCUGCCCAGUUACAAGUUGUGUACGAACAUAGAUCAAGAUUAGAGAAAUCCUUGCAGAAGGAAAGACUUGAACAUAAGAAAGCAAAGGAGGAUUUCCUUGUUUAUAAAUUAGAAGCACAAGAAACACUAAAUAAAGGAAGACAAGAUUCCAAUAGCAGAUACAGUGCAUUGAAUGUCCAACAUCAGAUGUUGAAAAGUCAACAUGAGGAGCUGAAGAAACAGCACAGUGACUUGGAAGAGGAACAUCGUAAACAAGGAGAAGACUUCAGUAGAACAUUCAAUGACCACAAGCAGAAAUACUUGCAACUUCAGGAAGAAAAGGAACAAGAACUUUCUAAGCUAAAAGAAACUGUGUACCACUUGAGAGAAGAGAAUAGACAACUAAGGAAAGCUCACCAAGACAUACAUACCCAGCUUCAAGAUGUCAAGACUCAAGUUGCAGAAUAUAAGCAACUGAAAGAUACUCUGAAUAGAAUCCCAAGCUUUCGAAAUCCUGAAAUAGCAGAGCCGCAGAAUGCUACCCUUACCCAGGUGGCACGUUCUCCACGAGGUUACAAUGCAGCAAGGGAGCAGCCAACCAGAGAGCCACAAGAGGUGUCUCGAUAUAGCAAUGUGUGGCAGAAACAUGAAGCAAUGCCGAGAAGAUCAGAAGACGCAAAACCUUAUUUCCCCACCCAGAAAGAGGCACAUUUUCAGACUGUGGCCCAGCCUAACCAACAAGUGAUACCCCCAGAGCCAGAGGCACAUCAGGUGGAAGAGGAGCACAGAAAAGCCCUGGAAGAGGAGGAGAUGGAGCAGGUUGGGCAGGCAGAACAUCUGGAGGAAGAACAUGAUCCCUCACCAGAGGAGCAGGACCGAGAGUGGAAGGAACAGCAGGAACGAAAUCAGGCAGCCAACCUCCUGGAGGGGCAUGCUCAGGCUGAGGUGUACCCUUCAGCCAAGCCGGGCACCAGGGUCCGUACCCCAUAUGAGGAGCAGUUGGAACAGCAGAGAUUGGCGGCAAGGAGGGAUGAGGAGGCCCAGCGGCUGCGAGAACAGCAGGAAGCUUUGCACCACCAGAGGCUGCAGGGACACUUGUUACGGCAGCAGCAGCAGCAGCAACUUCUGGCCCAAGAGAUGGCCCAGCAGAGGCAAGACCAGCAGGAGGAGGACCAGCAGCGGCGCCAGGAGCAGCUACGGCAGCAAGCUCAUUAUAAUGCUAUGGAUAAUGAUAUCGUUCAGGGAGCAGAGGACCAGGGAAUCCAGGAAGAGGAAGGAGGUGCCUAUGAAAGAGACAACCAGCACCAGGACGAAGCAGAAGGAGACCCAGGAAAUGGACAGGAGCCUCAUGGACAAGGGCCCCCAGAAGCUGACCUGGAAUCAGAGGCAGAUCGGGCAGCUGUAGAGGAUAUAAACCCAGCAGAUGACCCCAAUAAUCAAGGCGAAGAUGAAUUUGAGGAAGCCGAACAAGUGAGAGAAGAAAAUUUGCCAGAUGAAAACGAAGAGCCAAAACAAAGCGAUCGAAAGCCAGGGAACGCAGACAUGGAGGAGCAUUUGGUGAUGGCAGGAAAUCCAGACCAGCAGGAGGAUAAUGUUGAUGAACAGUACCAGGAAGAGGGAGAGGAGGAGGUUCAGGAAGAUUUGACCGAAGAGAAAAAAAGGGAACUGGAGCGUAAUGCUGAGGAGACCUAUGGUGAAAAUGAUGAAAACGCUGAUGAUAAGAACAACGAUGGAGAAGAGCAAGAAGUUAGAGAGGACAACCGCCGCAAAGGUAGAGAGGAACACUAUGAGGAGGAGGAGGAGGAGGAGGAAGAUGGGGCUGCCAUUGCUGAGAAAUCCCAUCGCAGAGCUGAAAUGUAGCUGUGCCCAACUUCCGGACAGUGCUCAGCCAACAAAUUUUUUUCAAGCUGCUUCAGAAUCUGCCUACUGAACUCUAGGAUAUUUAAUUACAAAAAAUAAAGAAUUUAGACUUUUUUUAACUUUUGUAUUAGAAAUGCUCAUACAUUUAUAUGAAUAUAUUUUGAUAACGUAGGGUAGAACUUUUAUAUACAGGCUAAUCAUGACCAAGAAGAAAAACAGUAAAGCAUACCUUAGGCUCUGAAUCUCAUUUCUCUCAAAUCUGUGAUGUUGGAAAGAGCACUGCUUUGGUGUAUGUUUCAACUUGUUACCUUCCUGUCUACUAGUUUCAAGGUGUUCUUUCAUUUGCCUUUCAUAUAAUACAGGAUUGAAAAAACAAGACAUAUUGCAAAGUGCUGUGCAAACUCUAAGGCAGAUGGCUAGUUUUACUGAUUGCUGCUCUUCUGAGGCUCUUGUGUAUAAUUCUGGUAGAGUUUUCAUCAGUCUGUGUAUCUCUGGAAUGAGAGCUCUAUACAGAGUGACAUACAGAUUUCAAAAUGGAAAGCCAUUUUUGUUGUUGUUGUUGUUGUUGUUGUUGCAGGGUAAAUGUACCAUUUUUCAAGCAUUUCUGAUCAGUUAAGAAAAUGUUUGGUGUUACUUCAAAUCACAACUGUUCUGCUUGAGGGAAAUCAAGCUUCAAAGUGAGAUGCUAUUAAGACUUGUAUGGCAGUAUCAUGUACUUAAUUUGGUAUUUCAGUGUUCAAACAAGGUGUAACAGACACAUCAUUGUAUCCACAAUUUUGAAAGACAAAACUUGCCUAAAAAGAAAAUUGAUGUGUGUGUGUGUUGUUUUAUACAUAAGCACCUGUUCACGAUAUUUUUUUCUGAAGUCACCUAAUGAUAUCUGUCUUUCAGUAUCUAGUUCCUCACCACAGUAUGUAUUUCUCCCUUAAGCUCUGUGCCUCAAUAUACAAUCACUUUGAUGCCAAUUAUGAAAAUGAAGGCAUACCAAACUGUACAACUUCAUAGGAUUAUUUUUCAAAAUUAUGUGGUGAAAUAUAUACACAGUGAUAAGAUAGGCCCUUGUGGCUUUUCUACUUGCUGGGCACCAGCAUGCUUUUUGCUAGUUUAAUGACUAUGAAUUAUAAAAAAUCCCAUAAAAUAAGGAAAUUAAAAGUCAAAAACUUCCCCUGAAAUAACAUAUUUCAGUUACAAGCAUAAAUAUUUUUAAAUGUAUAGAACUAGGUCAUAUAAUUCAUGUGUGUGGUUUUUAAAAUAAUACUUUCAAAGUAAUAAAAACAAAUUUCAUUUUCUACCACUAUUAUAUGAAUGUAAUUUUAUUUUUUAAUAACCACACUCAUGUAUGGUUUUGAUUAUCCCAGCUGAGCAAUUGUGUAUGUAUGCAUAGGAAUGUUUUGUUCAAAUGUAUUUUGGAUUUCCAAUGAUGAUGAAUCAAAUCUUACCUUUAUGUAUAGAAACCCUUUUAUGUAAUGUAAAAUGUAUAAUAUUGUACAUAAUAUUCAGAAUACAAUUAUUUUGGUAAAUUAGUUUGUAUUUUUAAUGUCCCAGUUGCAGUAUUUAAUUAUUUGAAACAUAUUGAAACAGGUAAUAGUCAAUAAAGCUCUAAAAAGCAAGUGCUAAA